UAAUGAUCGAUCAAGCUGUGUUUGUCCAAAUCUCGCAAAGAUGCCUUGAUAUGUGAUGKUUUUCACGUUUUAAUGAUACAAACUGAUAUCAUCUUAUUAAAACAAAUGGCACUGAGUAAUAUGUACAAACCUCAAACCAAUGAGUUUUUACAUCUUGAAAGUGAUGAUGAUACUGAAGACGAGCUAGACGAURGUUACAAUGGYUCWUACCAUAAAAACUCUAAUAUGCCUUACAGUGGCAUCAAAGAUGUACAGAAACCCCUCAUGCAUCCUUAUACCAAAACAAAGAUUCGACGUAAGCAAACAAAGCCAUGGUGUACAGCAAAAUCAUGUAUGGGYUGCUUAAUGUGGUUGGGCUUUUUUAGCAUUUGUAUUGUUGGACUUGUUGUACUGAUCCURCGAGCCAUUGAUAAUGCCAAUAGCAAAGAUUCUAAUGCAGUGAACAAUGUGAAGAAAAUCUUACAGGAUAAUAACAUCUUGAAACUGAAUGACGAUAGUAUACAAGGUUGUGAUUCUAUUAAGGUCUCAAAAGUCUGGAACUCUAAUUUACCAAAAUUAAUGACAGAAACAGCUGUGAGACUGAAUGACGUCAAUCAAGAUGGAGUAAAAGACAUAAUUGUCAGCUUUUCUACYGCAGUUGAUGGUUAUCGUCCACCAAAAUUUUCAUGUGAUCUUUAUUUUAACGGUACUUAUCCAUGUUAUGGAGGUGCAUUAGCGCUAGACGGCAUCACAGGUAAAGAACUAUGGAGGCAUUACAGUAUGCAUGAGAUUUAUGCUCUGAACUGCAAUGGAGACCUAGAYUUGGAUGGAACAUGGGAUUGCUUGUUGGGAGGUAGAGGCGGGGCAUUUCAGGCUAUUAGUGGUAAAAGUGGAAAGUUACUGUGGAACUUUGGGGACCAGCCUGCAAGAGAUGAAAUGAUGAACUUGUACACUGCACAGUUUAUAAGGGAUAUGAAUGGCGAUGGAGUGAUGGAUGUAUUGACAGCUCAUGGAGGUGAUCCUUUAGCAGAAGCCAACAGUGCAAAAAGAUUGAAAGGGAGGCUUAUCAUAUUUUCUGGCAAGACUGGUCAAGUCCUAAGAUGGGUUGUUGUUCCUGAUGAAAAGGAAACCUAUUUUUCRCCCGUUUUAUACCACAAGAAAGAYGGAAGGGAUAUGGUUUUGUUUGGAACUGGUGGGGAAACYCAUCCUGGUGGGCUUUGGAUAAUUCCUCUGAGAAAUCURUAUUUAGGGAUGAUAGAAACUGCUGUGCAGAUCUAUCAAGAUGAGCAUAAAGGAGUGAUGUCACCUCCCGUGCUUGUUGAUUUGAAUAAAGAUGGGACUGUUGACAUCGUCAUGGCAAUGUUUAAUAUCACGGUUGCAGCUUUCAAUGGUGAAACAUACAAGCAGAUAUGGCAUUAUGACUUCCCUUACAGUGAAUCAUAUUCAACCCCUGCUGUAGGUUAUUACAAUGAUGACGAUGUCCCUGAUGUGAUGGUGCGCUUUAACUAUGGUCCUGGAUUUCCUGUGUAUUAUUACUCUCAGGUGACAAUACUUGAUGGCAAAACUGGUAAACCAUUCAUUAUACCAUUUAAAAAGACGUCAGUAGCUGUUAACAGUUCACCGCUAUCAGUUAGUAUGGAAGGUCUUAGUAAUGAUCUCUUCAUCUAUUGGAUGGCUGACUGCAAAGGCCAUGAAGGGGAAGGAUCAGAAUUUUCCUUUGUUGAAGGAACAAAUGUUCAUGAGCAAAGUCGAGCUGAUACAUGCCAGCUACGCUACAAUACCAAAUCAUUCAGUAAGCUAAAUGUGAUGAACCACAAGACUGGCUUUCCUGGAAAAACUAUUUAUUAUUCAGAAAAGUACAAGGCAAUAGAACAUAGUGUGGACGUCAAACCUCACAAACAUAGAACUAAAAGGCACAUAGGYGCACCUGACCAUGGAGGGUUCCAGCGCAUUAUUGCCACCGGUGGUUUAGCCCCUUCUCUUAAUGGCACUACUGACAACUCAAUCGAUGUUGUUUUCACUACCUAUUGGCAGUUUCCUGCCAAAGUGAGAGUGAUUUUACCAGAGGACAAAGCUUGCAUUGAACAUUAUAGAAAUCUAAGUAUGCAAGGGAAAUUUGACAACAAAGUGAGUGUAGAAGAGAAUGAAAAACAUGGUAUGUACGACAAUGGCGACGCAGCAGUGAACAUCUGCCUUAAAAAACACCACCRGAAAAAUGACAAAAACAAGAUUUACGUCAGUCAAUCAGACUUUGACUGGUACAAAGUGCAUUUUGGUAGUCUUACUGUAUAUAGAUUCCGAUUAACCUGCAGCUGUAAAAACCUCGCWCACGGAAAAACUUGUAGUAAGGUUUUACCAAUGAAUCAGCAAGGGUGGGGAGGGUACAUGGGUACUUUGGGUAACAGCUACUAUCAGCCAAGGUAUUGAAACGUUCGACUGGGAAAAUGAUAUUUUAAUAAAAAUAAAAUUGAAUGAUAAAGUAUGGUAUUUUUAUGAUGGUAUGGUACAAUAUUUCAGUAGAGUUAUAAAUAUUAUUUAUGUAAUAUUGUCACAAUUUGAAGGGAGUUAAUUAAAGUGCAAAUAG